CUUUGUAGUGAAUAGGUAAUUUAAAAUACUUAGAAACUGUCUGAUAGAAAUGUUUGUGUGACUGUGUGACUUGCGAAGGUAAGUACCAAAACUUGAGAUUUUAAAGGUUUAAUUGGGUUAUAUAAAAUAAGCAUGAUUUGGAUUCAUCAUUUUUCCAGAACAUAAUUCAUGUGAAAAGUAUCUUCAGAAACUUAAUUUUGGUGUAUUGUGAAAAUAUUCACAAUAAAAUUUUCAUAUGAAGAAUAUUACUGGUUUUCUAGCCGGUCACACAGAGCUUCCAUUACCAUGAGGUCCUGAGUUGUCUCAUGCCUGAUGGCUGCUCAGGAGUUUUGGAGCUAGCCUUUAAAAAGUAACAGUACACUAGUUAGGUGUGAGCUACUUUUUCUUCAGGAAAGAUGAUGAGAGUUCUCUCUUCUUUAGUACAACUAAUUCAGUUGCUCUACUAGUAUUCAAUUAACCAUAAAGGUAUGUAAGUGACAGCUGGAAGGUGGCAGUGACUUGAAGAGGCAAGACUGACUGUUGCAGGGCAGUUAAGUAGCCUUUCCCACCUGAGAACUUAAGGAAUAAGCCAACAAGGAAGAGCAAAGUAACAAAGGGAAGAGUUGAUGGGGGCUGGGCAAGGGAUUCUUAAAACUAAUAUAAGCAGGGACUUCACCUCCCCCCACCCCCUUAAUGGAAGCUCUGUUAAAAUUUUAAUGUAGGAGAGUUUUUAUGAAAAUGACUAUUUGUUUAGCUCACAUGAUAACAUUUCUAUAAUAAAUCAUACUCAGCGUGCUAAUGCGCGAAGAGACUGAACUGAAGACGCUGCAGACUCAGAUAGCAAAAUAAUAAGCCUACUUCAUGAUAAGAACCAACUUCUUCUUAAAACAGGCAAGAAGACAUGAAUCCAAAGAUAAAUCCUCUAAGAAACACAAGUCUGAGGAACAUAACGACAAAGAGCAUUCUUCUGAUAAAGGACGAGAACGACUAAACUCAUCUGAAAAUGGUGAGGACAGACAUAAACGCAAAGAAAGGAAGUCAUCACGAGGGAGAAGUCACUCAAGAUCUAGGUCCCGCGAAAGGCGCCAUCGUAGUAGAAGCAGAGAGCGGAAGAAGUCUCGGUCCAGAAGCAGAGAGAGAAAGAAGUCUCGGUCCAGAAGCAGGGAAAGAAAGAAGUCUCGGUCCAGAAGCAGGGAAAGAAAACGACGGAUCAGAUCCCGUUCCCGCUCAAGAUCAAGACAUAGGCAUAGGACUAGAAGCAGGAGCAGGACAAGGAGUAGAAGUCGAGAUAGGAAAAAGAGAAUUGAAAAGCCGAGAAGAUUCAGCAGGAGUUUAAGCCGGACUCCUAGUCCACCUCCCUUCAGAGGCAGAAACACAGCAAUGGAUGCACAAGAAGCAUUAGCUCGGAGAUUGGAAAGGGCAAAGAAGUUACAAGAACAGAGAGAAAAGGAAAUGGUUGAAAAACAAAAACAACAAGAAAUUGCUGCAGCCGCCGCAGCCACAGGAGGUUCUGUUCUCAACGUUGCUGCCCUCUUGGCAUCAGGGACACAAGUGACUCCUCAGAUUGCGAUGGCAGCUCAGAUGGCAGCCCUACAAGCAAAAGCACUGGCAGAAACAGGAAUCGCUGUGCCCAGCUAUUACAACCCAGCCGCUGUGAACCCGAUGAAAUUUGCUGAGCAAGAGAAAAAAAGGAAAAUGCUUUGGCAAGGCAAGAAAGAAGGGGACAAAUCCCAGUCUGCUGAAAUAUGGGAGAAGUUGAAUUUUGGAAACAAGGACCAAAAUGUCAAAUUUAGGAAAUUAAUGGGUAUUAAGAGUGAAGAUGAAGCUGGAUGCAGCUCGGUUGAUGAAGACAGUUAUAAGACAUUGAAGCAACAAGAAGAAGUGUUUCGAAAUCUUGAUGCUCAGUAUGAGAUGGCAAGAUCACAAACCCACACACAGAGAGGGAUGGGUUUGGGUUUCACAUCUUCGAUGAGAGGAAUGGAUGCGGUCUGAGAAAUGUCACGCUUGGCAAGUUUGGGACCUGAAAGACUUGUUCUGAUGCCAGGUCCUUGUUCACCAAACAGCUAGCAUUCUAGCUUGCAUGGGUGUUGCAUUGACUUUAAUUUAUUGAAAAAUAUGAUAUUUUGUAAAUAUCAGAUCAGUGAUACUGGUGUUAGUGUUGUAAUCAGGUUAAACCCACUUCCAUUAAACUUGACAGGACUAUAGAAGGACAAUAUUUUUUAGUUCAUGAAUUCUACUUUUCAAAUAUGUUGAAGCUGCAGGUGGGAUAAAGUCUGUCUCAUACAUAGAUUUUUUUCGUGUCCGCUGUCUUGUGUACUUUUGUACUUAACCUUGUACAGUUAUUUUCAUCUCUUGAAAACAUGAAAGAAAUGUUAUGUAGAUGUUCUUUAUAGAAGAUCUGGCCAUUUGGUACAUAAUCCAGCACAAAUAAGCUGGGUGAUGAUGAUAAUAAAAAUGGUUUUCUCAAAACUGGUGUAAAUUUAAGUUAACCUGGCAUUCUUGUUUGAAUUUUAGUUUCUGUAGCAUUUUGCAAUUGCAAUUACAAAACACUGGCUAGAAUUUUUUUUUAAUUAGUUAUGCUAUAGGCAAUACCAUGGUGAGCAAAAAAAUGUAAAAGAAAAAGGAGCAAACAAAUUUAUUAAAACACUGUUUUCCUACUA